CGUCCUCUAAUCUCUUUGCAUUAGCCACACCGCUUAAGCUGAGCAACUAGCUAACAGCAACAAACACAGCAGCCGAGACGUAAAUCUGGAGCUUUCGUCAAGCGCAAACUCAAUAACCAGGGCUAAAAUGGCCUCUUUAGGAGAACCUGUGCGUCUGGAAAGAGACAUAUCUCGUGCCAUUGAGCUGCUGGACAAGCUCCAGAGAACAGGGGAAGUGCCUCCCCAGAAGCUGCAGGCACUGCAGAGAGUUUUGCAGAGUGAAUUCUGCAAUGCUGUACGGGAGGUAUAUGAGCAUGUGUAUGAGACAGUGGACAUAAAUAGCAGCCCAGAGGUGAGGGCGAAUGCAACAGCAAAGGCUACAGUGGCUGCAUUUGCAGCCAGUGAGGGUCAUUCUCACCCCCGUGUGGUGGAGCUCCCAAAAACCGAGGAGGGACUGGGGUUUAACAUCAUGGGUGGGAAGGAACAAAACUCGCCCAUCUACAUCUCCCGUAUCAUUCCUGGAGGCAUCGCUGAUCGGCACGGCGGCCUGAAGAGAGGAGACCAGCUGCUUUCCGUUAAUGGAGUGAGUGUAGAAGGAGAGCACCAUGAGAAAGCUGUGGAGCUGUUGAAGGCUGCUCAGGGUACAGUGAAGCUGGUGGUACGGUACACCCCUAAGGUCCUGGAAGAGAUGGAGUCGCGCUUUGAGAAGCUGAGGUCUGCCAAACGCCGGCAACAGAACAAUUUCCCCCAGUAGGGCGUCUCGCCUGUGCCCCCCAACCCACCCCUCCCAUCUUUCUCUCUCUGUCAUUGUCUUUAAUUCUUCUGCCAUCUGUCUUCUUCGUUCACGCUCACUCACCCCCUUUCUCCAGCCAGGGAUUAGCCACAUGUUUGGCACUCCUUUUUGUGAAAUUUUCUAAAUCCUCACCUCCUGAACAGUUUUUUAACAGUCUUUUCACAUACUUCUUUCUCAUAGCAUGAACACUACCACAUGGGCUCUGGAUGUUGUCACGUAGACAUCACAUACAUGCACUAUUGGUGCAUUACUAAGAAUGUACUGUCAUUUGGGAUGUUGUUUAGUCAGAUAUGCAAGGGGACCAUUGCAAUGUUCAAAUCCUGAGGUGAUUGAAUGGAAUUUCAAAAAGUGCCUCAAGAGAUUUAAAAAAAAAAAAAAAUGUCUGCAGCCCUCAGUAUGUCCCAUCACAGGCUGUUUUAUGGUCCAAGCUCAAAAUGAGUGAACACUACCACCUUGUUAAAAUGCUAAAUGAGUGUAAACGUUUCGAAAAGAACAGUGUAUCAUUGAGUAAAGGGUUUAUGGUGUAUUAUUUUCCUAUUUGCUUUUCUUACCGUUUGCCACAGAAAAAAAAGGAAAAGUUCACCAGAAAUGUUAAAAUCUCUUUGAAUCUCCGGAGUGUUUAAAUGGCAGAGUGGUGCCAUGAGCAUCCCAUCAGAAUUGCUGUUUGCUUCAAACACAAAAUGUCAGCUGUAAAUAUACUCCAGUACGAAAAAUGCCAGGCUGAUCCUACUUACUGACCCAAACUGAUUGACUCUCACAUCAUGUUUACAGUACAUGUCGAGCUGAGCUUUUUUUUUUCUUUUAUGAAUGGAAAAAUGCUGUGAAAAUUCAGAAAAUUGAUAUAUCAGCUCUAUUGAGUAAACAAAUCCAUUUUUAUGAACAAAAAUAGAGAAAAUUAACCAUUUGGGUUUGUUUAGGCUCAUUUCGUGACAAAUUAUGUUACAUAUGGUAAUGAUUAUGCCAUUUAAACAGUUUUGAUUGAAAAUAUGUGAAUGGAGUGUUUACAAAUGAUUCAAGCAAACAACCGUUCAGAAGGGAUGUUUGUGGCACUGUUUGGGUGUUCGACAAAUAGAAAAUUAAUUGAAAAUAAAACAUUUUUGUAGCAUAUGCCCCUUAAAGCACACAGAAAUGCAGUGAAGCAGUCACUAGCUCUUAUUCCAGCUCACAUUCCAGUUUUUAUUUGUAAGAUUUUAAUUUAAAACCUUACAGCAGAAACACUAAGUUUAAAACCGUAGUGGGAGUUUUUUUUUUUUUUAUGGCUUUGUUGUAUCGCCAGUUGUUUCAUAACGCUUUCUGAAUGUUAAUGUGGCACUUGCCUUUCAGUCAGCUGUGGGUCCAUAUGUUACACCCAGUACAUGCUGAUUAUUACAAAGACCUGCAUCAUGUUUUAGAAUCAAUUCACUUAAAUGGUUAUAUUAGCAUAUCAUGAGGUAGCAAAACAGCAAUGAAUGCAUAAAUGAAUAUUAAAGAAUGUCAAGCUUAUUCACCAUUCAUUAUAUGAGAGACAUGUCUAAAUGAAGCUCAAGUGAAAUUGAGUCAGUCAAUUGGUGCUGUCAUUUGUGCUUGUCCUAUUUUUUUUUUUUUUUUAAACCUGAUCAGUCGUUUUUCUGAAAAGUCAAUAAUUUAUUCAUUCACCCAUAUUAAUUUCAGACUUUAUGGGGAAAGAGAUGCAGAUCUGGAGAUGAAAAGUUUGGGUUUUAUUAAGUCUUCUCCAGAUACCUCAGUGGCUAAAUAAGCUGUCCCAUUACAUUCACUACUUAAAGGGUUAGUUCACCCAAAAAUGAAAUUUCUGUCAUUAAGUACUCACACUCACGUCGUUCCAAACCCGUAAGACCUUCGUUCAUCUUCAGAACACAAAUUAAGAUAUUUCUGAUGAAAUCCGAGGUUUUUUUAAUCUCCCAAAGCAACGAAAUUACCACAUUCAAGGUCCAGAAAAGUAGUAAAAACACUGUUAAAAUAGUCAACGUGACUACAGUGGUUCAACCUUAAUGUUACGAAGUGAUGAGAAUACUUAAUGUGUGCAAAAACAAAACAAAAAUAAUGACUUUAUUCAACUAUUUCCUCUCUACCAUCAUUCUCAUAUGCAGUUUACAUUGGAGACACACGUUGCAGAGCUUCCAUGUUUUACGUCAGAACGCCAACUCAGUAUUGGCCGGCUCCUGCGUCAACAUCACACGCAUGCAUUGUGCUGCUCAUGUGAAUGGCGUCGGCCAAUACUGAGCCGGUGUUCGGACGUAAACACGGAAGUGCUGCACUGCGUCAACUGCGUAGGAGACUGACAGGGUAGAGACGAAAUUGUUAAAUAAAGUCAUUAUUUUUGUUUCGUUUUUGCACACAAAAAUAUUCUCAUCACUUUAACAGUAAGGUUGAACCACUGUAGUGACGUUGACUAUUUUAACGAUGUCUUUACUACUACUCUGGACCAUGAAUGUGGUAAUUUUGCAUUCUAUGGGAGAUGAUAAACCUCAGAUUUCAUCAGAAAUAUCUUAAUUUGUGUUCUGAAGAUGAACGAAGGUCUUACGGGUUUGGAACGACAUGAGGAUGAGUAAUUAAUCACAGAAAUGUCAUUUUUGGGUGAAGUAACCCUUUAAGCUUCAGCUCCAUUUGUUUGUUAUAGCCAAAUUUUAAGGAUUUAAUUGACUACAUGUUCAUGUUUUUGUUAAAUCUUGAUUUGUCAAGAUUCAUGUCUUAAAAGUAGCUUCACACUGCACUUUCUCUUUGUACUCAUUUUCACAUGUGCAACACACUUGAUGUAUUUUUAACCUCAAAUGCAGGUAUUUUCAGCGUCUGACAAGCUUGGAAAAAAACAGUCUAUUCUUCUCAGUCUCUCAUAAAAUAUUUAACGUGUCUAAUUAUAGAGGCCCAUGACUCACCCCGAGCUGUGAGAUACGUAGGUGUUUUGGGGGUGAGAGAUAAAAGGGAGGUCUGAUGUCUUGCAUGAAAGAAUCAUUUGUGUUAUUAACAAAAAAAAGAAGCAUCAAGAAUCAAGCGAUCCCUUUCUUUCUGUGGUGCAUUAUGUGCUCAGGUUGGUUCUUUCUACAAUAUCAUGAAUUUUAAAGCGUCAUGUAUCACAAGAGCAAUAAUAAGACAUGAUCCAAUUCCUGUCAUCAUCUCAAACAGGUUACUCACUCCCCAUUAAUAUUUGGGUUUGUCCACAGGGGAGGGGCUGACUAUUUUUUAUAACCAUUUUCUUUUGAUAUUUUAGCCAUUUUUGAUAAACUGAUUUUUCUCUCAAGAUUUUUUUCCAGGAAUGUUUUGUAAUGAUUUAUCUUGGCCACAUUCUCCCAGUGAUUCAAGUAACAAGACCAAACUUGCAUCCUUUCCGGGAGCUCUUUCAGUGUCUGGUCAGCUAGUUUUUUGACUGUUUUUGAGUACCUGUUGUUUUAUUGUAUUUUUUUGACAUUUCUGUCCUGCUGUAUUGUGUUACAUUAAUGUGGAUGUAUAAAGACUGAUCAAAGUGGUUUGUUUUGAGGAUACAGAGUUUAAAUAUACUGUGGGUUUAAA